GCGGCCGCGGGGGAGCGGAGCGGGCCGGGCCGGGGCGGCGUGGGGCGCCUCCCCGGAGGGGAGCGGGGAAGGCGCGGCCGCCCCCUCCGGCUCCGGGCAGCGCGGGGCCGUGCGGCCGCCCCCGAGAUGUUUAACCGGGCCGUGAGCCGGCUCAGCAGGAAGCGCCCGCCGUCAGAGAUAAAUGACAGCGAGGGUCACCCAAGCAGCAGCCACCAAACCUUGAAAGGAACCUCAAAAUGGGCUACAUCACUGGAGAACCUUCUUGAAGAUCCAGAAGGAGUGAAACGAUUUAGGGAAUUUUUAAAGAAGGAAUUUAGUGAGGAAAACGUUUUGUUCUGGCUAGCGUGUGAAGAAUUUAAGAAAACACAGGGGAAAAAACAGAUGCAAGAAAAAGCUAAAGAAAUUUACAUGACCUUCCUGUCCAGCAAAGCUUCCUCCCAAGUCAAUGUUGAAGGGCAGUCCCGUUUGAGCGAGACCAUUUUGGAGACACCUCACCCUCUCAUGUUUCAGAAGCUCCAGGAUCAGAUAUUCAAUCUCAUGAAAUAUGACAGCUACAGCCGCUUCUUAAAGUCAGACAUAUUCCUAAACCAUAAGAAGUCCGAGGAGCAAGAAGAGAAUUCACCAGAGGCUCAGACUGCAGCUAAAAGAGCAUCAAGAAUUUACAACACAUGAUACAAUGAAUCUCUUCAGGAGAGGCAAAUACAAUAACUAAAUUACACUCAGGAACAGUCUAGGUUUAUAGCAGUUGCAUUUAGGGCUUGAAGAGCUCAAAACCUUUUUAGGAAAUACUUACCGUCUUAAUUGCUUGAAUGACUAAUUGUUUUUGCAUGAUAGCGAAUAACCAAGCACCCAUGGAAAGACUGUUUCCUAGCUAAAAAGGCUGAGAUAUUCCUCCAUAGCAUGAAUUGCAUUUCAUAUUUCACAAGUUAAAAUGCUUUAAAUUUUUGUAUUUUCUUUUGUGAGGCAUCAUGAUGAUGAGAAAUGGGAGGUAGGGUGGUUGCGUUUUUAUUUUUGCCUUGUAACUUUUAUUUGUGACUCGUUUUUACAUCCUGAAUUGCUGGGAGAAGCUAUUGAGGAGUACUUUUUUUGUUACUUUGUGGGUGACUCAUUCAUAGAAAACUUCAUCAUGAAGGGACUGCAUCUUUCAGGGUUAAGUUCAAUAGAAUCCAAUCCCUUCCUAUGUAACUUUGUUCUUUCAAGGUGGUAUCUGUUUUGCUUUGCCUGUAUUGCUGAUUCAGAACACUUCUCUCAUCAUGAUUUUCAUGUCUGUAUUUCUUAAAUUUCCCCCAUUGUUUUUUGCAGUAGACAAUCACCUUCUUCAGAGGAUGGAAUAACAUGUAUUCCCUUGGGAACAAAAGCUGUAAGAUAGAAUCUCUGAAGAACUCUGAACAGCCAUUAGGAAACCUGACAGUUAAUAUCCCAUUCUGGGCAUGCUGGUUUCAGGAAAAGGCACGCUGGUUUCAGGAAAAGGCACACUGAUUUCAGCAAAGCUUGCCCGGGGCAUGUCCUGCAUGUCAGCGUAACAUCAGUGUCAGAUGCUGGUAUUGGGAAGCAUCUGGUCUCUCCUAGGUCUCCUGAGCAAUCCCGCUCUGUGCGGCAAGAAUACUUUGGCAAAGGACUAACCAAGAAAGUCUGGCUUUGUUUUACUAAAGGCUUUCUACUAAAUUCAUCCUGCCUAAUUUUGUUUGCCCCAGAGAAAUAUUUCAGGGUAUUCUAACAGUAACUUUCGAUAGCUGCAAUGGAGCAGGGGGUUGACGUUGUGGUUUAGCUGUUCUCACAUCAAGCUUGAGAGGAAGGGGAAUUUAUUUCUGCCCAGAGCAAUCAGAGAUGAAAUGUCAGGGUGGUAAAGGAAGACACUCCCAAUGAGCCUUCUGUAUUGUCCUGGGACUGUGUCAGAGCUGCAGAGCACGUUUUGGCAUACGAUUUUUUCAUGUCUUCAUAUAUGUUUUACUUAAAUCACUGCAGUGUUACUAAAUUGCAGUUUAAGUUGGGAAAGCAUAUUAGCUAUGCGCUCUAUUUACAAGCUUAGCAGUGGGUAGUCUAGCUGUUUCACAUUCUCUCAUUAUUUACUCUUUCAUUUUUUGCACUGCUUUUCUUGGACUUUUGUUUAUGUGCUGGCUAAUCUAAAUGCACAGUUAGGUUUUGAUCGGUUUACAGUUCUUUUUUGUUGGAAAGUCCAGAUAUGUAUACGUUACUGUCGCUAUCAACAUUUUAAAACUAAGUCUAGAUUGUAAUUUUUGAGGAUGCAAACUCACUUGGUAGAGUUGAUUAUUUCUUUUAACUCUGAGCCACUCUUGCAGGUACUGUGUAAAGAAAAUUGUUUCCAUGGGCUCUUCCCUAGUUAGAUACAGAGCGGGAAUGGGAGUUCCGAUUCUUCCCCCAGAGCUAAAUGGCCUGUUCAUUUUUAGGAAGUCAAAGAAGAGGUCAGUGCCUCCGUAUGCAUGUUUAAGAUGUAAUUCUUAUGCACUGAGUUCAUUUUCCUUUUAUCCUCUCAAAAGAUUUAACAGUGAAGUCAUAAUCAUGUUUCAGGCACCUUCAGUGGUAUUUGACCUCACGCUUAACUUGUAUUUCAAUGUUUUGCUGAAUAGGAAUGAAGUAAGCAUGUGCAUGAAUCCUUUUGUUGUGAUGUGGCCUGAGAAACAGGACCAUCCCGUUCUGGACUUGCCAACUACUUGCAGUCUCAGGAUUACCUCUUUUGAAAAUUCACUGCAAUAACAAACUCUUAACGCCUGCCACAGCAGAGGAUGGAACUUCUGAUACCGUUGAAGUCCUUGGGAGUGGGCAGCUUAAACACAUUUAGGAGUUGGGGUUUGUCUCUUCCCAGUAAUUGCAGCAGAAGUCUUAGUGAUACAGAAAAAUGCAGGAUGAGGACCUUCAUGGGAAAAAUGCAGAAUGAGCUCUUACCACAUUCAUCACAUGGAUGCACAGUAGAUCCAUUUUUAAUCAUAUUGAUUUUAAAAAUGCAUGAGUAAGGGAGGAGAGUCUUUGACUAUCGUGUUUUAAAAUAAUAAUAAUAAUAAAAAUAAAACCAGAAGCUGUCUGGACAACGGUAGGGCAUUAAAGAGACAAAAUACUCAUUUGUAGCUGCUCAUAAACAACAUUUUCCUUGGCAAUAUGCUCCCUAUCAGGUACUGUAUUAUUUGCUUGUUAAGAGCAAAUGCCCCACAGGAGUAGACACAAAGGUGCUUUACACUACUACCAACCAAAAGUUACUCAAAUGGAAAUGUAUUUUUUAGCAGCAUCUCAAUGCCUGUGAUGUUUCUCAGAUAAUAUACCUAAAUCCACAAAAUUCUUAAUCUUUGAAUCGCUCUUUUGCCUCAGCAGUUAAAAGUUCAUUGCCCCAUUGGCUGUCUUAUUUGCAGUGUUUGGUUUUGGUUUGUUUUUUAGAAGAAAAGCAACAACCAGACUUGCACGGAGCAGGAGUCAAAGCUUUUUUUUUUGAUCCAUUAGAUUGUCUGUAUUUUCCAGUGAAAGAGCAAUCGAAGUAAAACCGUGCAAGCAGAUACCUGUAAUUGCAGCAUGUGUAUAUGCGGAGAAAGGUUAUUUUGCUUCUGUUGAUAUUAUUACUGAUCAAACUUAUUUGUGAAAUAUAUGACAUUUUCUCUAUGUGGCACAGAACAAAUUGCACAGACAAACAAAGAACUGAGUUUCCCUAUAAGUAAAUCCUCCGUUCCAGGAACAACUGUAAAGAUUGCAUCGAACCUCAGGCUGUAAGUGGGUACUCGGAGUUGCUUUAUGUAGAGAUUAAAGAUAGGAUCUGCUCCUUUUCAUAGAACUUACACUGAAGGUAUAAGCACAAAAAGCAAGCAAGAGAAGUUUCAUGCCUGAUUGAUUGCAUGCCUUAAACUCUACCCUAUUGUGUUUUUCUUAGCUAAAAAUUAAAAUAUUCUACAAAUACACCCAA